AUGUCUCGCCAGGACUCGAGCCCCGAUGUCAAGCCUGUGUCGUCUGUAGCCUCCGCCUCACGAAAGCGGACGCUGCCGGCAUGGCUGGAUCACUUCAACAUUCAUGAUUUGAAGAUACUGUUUCGCUGCUGGGUGGCCGCUUGGGUAGCGAUUCUUCUGAUCUUCAUCCAACCGGCCCUGACCAACAUUGGGCAAGCGACCUGCGACCUUUUUCAACAAAAGCUGCGGAAGCCGCUCGGAGGGCGGGCCAGGAUCCGGCGUGGGAAGCGCAAAUACUUGUCCACGACGGGCACUUUUUUGAACGCAAAGGUCACUGCCAUCUUCUUUGUGAUGGGGCUCAUCUUCAUCUAUGUCCUGGCACGCCUGCGAUGCGCCAACCCAAAGCUCUUCUUCUUCCAAAUGUUCGGGACCGUUGCUAUGGAUCUCUUCAUUCUGUUUGGCCUGGGCCUACCAUCAUACCAAGCUGACUUGGCGGUCACUCUGGUGAAACCUGGCGCGAUCGGUACCGCGUUGGGCACCACUUGCUGCCUGCUAUUCUUUCCACAAUCAACUUCGUACGCGGUACUCGACUCUCUCGGAAAACUCGUCAGUCUCAUGCAGAAACCUAUCGAGCUGACGAGGAGAGGUCUUCGAGACGAAGAGCUGCCCAUGGAGGAACUCAGAACUACACGUCUAAACAUGGUCUCGUUGUACAAAUCCAUCGGGCCGCUUGUCGCUUUCCUUCCUCUUGACAUGUCCCGGGAACGAUGGAACACCGACGAUGUGAGAGCUUUGUAUGGCCACAUCAGAGAGGCGAUGGUAGCGGGACUCUCGCUGCUUGAUCUCCAUAUCACUUGGGCUCACGCAGCGGAGAAAAAGGCCGAGUUCGAGAAGUACCGACAGGAUCACAGCCAAGAGAAGCACGAGCAUCACGAAGCGGGACACAGACAGUUGUCCGACACCGCUGAACUCAUGACCGUAAACUCCUGUCGAUGGCUCAGAGUGCCUUCGCAGCAGACAUUCACCGAGUUGCAAAGCGAGCUGGGCGACUUGAUUGCUACAAUACAGCAUUUAACGGACAGCCUGCACUCAUCUGACGCGGUUGAUGAGUCCCAGACGUCGAAGCGUGUUGAUCCCGACUCGGACGAUGGAGCUGUCGGGGACCACGCUCAGGAGGCGUCAGGCACUUACGACUGCCGGGACUGGCUCUUUGGCGUGCCGGGCAUGUUCGCUCUACGGAUGGUCGUGGUGACCUUGGUCACGGCGAUUGUUUCUGUCAUCCCGCAUUCGUCUGGGUUUUUCUACCGCGAAAAGGGCAUCUGGGUGGUCAUUACCGCACAAUUGUGCAUUCUCACCUACAUGAGCGACUUCGCCUUCUCCCUCCUUACCAGGGUCGUGGGUACCAUCGCAGGGGGCGUACUUGGCAUGCUGGUCUGGUACAUUGGUUCUGGGGAUGGAACAGACAAUCCCUAUGGACUGGCAGCCACUACAGCCGUCGCCCUGCCCAUCGUUCUCUGGCUGCGUAUCUUUUUACUCCCUGUCUAUGUCAAGGCGACGAUUCUCUUCGGUGUCACAUUCUGUCUCGUUAUCGGAUUCAGCUACGACAUGACCACUUGCGACUCUAUGGCCUUCCUGGAGUUGGGUACCAGGCCUUUUGGAAGCGACUGGCAGGCGUGUUGA